AUGUCAUCAGCCCCUCUAGAUAGCACAGGAGAAACCGAACGACAUGCGAAUGAUCUCGUUGAUGGGGCAUUGCACCUGAAAUCCAAGGCGAAGGCCAAGGUCAAGAAGAUCCUGAAUGAGCCCGACCAUGACGACUCUAUCGACGAGAACGACAUCUUUUAUGACGCCGCGUUCGACCCGAGUCGGGUCCUGAACCAGACGUCGCCAAAAUCUCAAAGCAAAAAGUCGGCUCGCGAUACCAUCGCCGACGGGGUCAAAGAUGCCACCUACAUAGCGGCGCAUCCACGGCGCCUCAUCCGCAGCAAGGUCACGAAGAAAGCGGCCGCCAGGAUUGGAAAUGCGCGACAUCCGACGUUGACCGUCGAUCGAGACCGAGAACUACUCGACGCUCAUGAGGCUCUGGAUCAUGCCGUGUCCACCAACGCUUCAACGUCAGAUCCCCGAGAGCUUCAAGGGGAGAUCGACGAAGCGAGCGACCGGAUUCGCAGGGUCGAGGAGCAACGCGAAAGCCUGCAGACUGCUUGGAUUCUGGGUCGCCACGUCACUCGGGUCAGGGUGGUUCGACCCAUUCCCCGACCCUCACGACCACAAUUCACCUCUCCAUCGCGAUUCCAGUGGGAGCGAUAUCUAGGUCACCUGGUACUCUACUACACGCGCGGAUUCACGUCCCCUUAUAUCGACGACUUCGACUCCGCGCCUUUUGAUCUCGAAGAUGUCGCUCGCAUCAUCGAGAGGAUCGCCAUCACCAGUGCGCCAUGGCAGGCAUUUCUGAUGAGCGUACGGGAAGUCUACAUGUGGCAAGACCCUCGGCGAACAGGGCGAUGGCUGGCGCUCUUCCUGGUGCUGUGGUAUUUCCAGUACAUCAUGGCCUAUUUCUACUUCUACAUCGUCUACUCGACCAUCCGGAACAAGUUCCAGCCGAGCUCGGUGCAAACCGUCCGUGCCAACGUGGGCAGAGCCAUCGAUCGAGAAGCACGGGUUCAAGCCUGGGGAGAGCUGAUCCAACGCCACGGAAAGCGCGAUUGGCUUGAACCGUUUCUCGACCAGAUCGGACCCCUGAUCCAGAGACAGCUGGGCGAUUUUGCCGACCUCCUCGAAGUCAUGGUCAACUUUCACAGGCAUGAAAAGCCACGGUUGACCUUUGCAUCGGUGUUUUUCUUCUCCUGCUGCCUCGCCGUAUGCCUUUGUGCCGAUAUGGAAUUCUGUAUGAAGGUCGUGUGGUUCGUCGUGGGCGGUGGCUUCUUCUUCUCCUAUCCCAUCGCGACCAGUUUUCCCAAGUACCGGCUCUUGGUGUCUCAGUUUCGGUGGGUGUUCUGGGGUAUACCUAGCCAUGCCGAGCUCGCUAUUCUCAGGUUGCAGGAGAAGGCGGUCGUCAGAGAUGCAAAUCUAGCCGAGUUCGAUUUACACAGAGAUGAUGACGAUGACGAUGACGAUGAGGGUGAUGAUGGAGAGAGAACCCGGUGGCCGAUGGGAGAGUCGCACGCCAUUGCUGCCGUGGAAAGAGACUCAGGUCGGGGUCAGCUUGUUGUGGGAAGAACAGCCUUGUCUUGGAUCAGAAAGACUGCUGACGAACGUCACUGGCCGUUUUCUGAACUUCACGAGCUGCGGAAGAUCGACCCUGACGAGAACGACUCGAUGUGGAAGAAUCUGAAAAAUGUCCAUUCUCGCUCGUCGGCGGGUUUAGAGAUUGUAUUUCUGCAGGACGAAAUCACACUUCUCCUCCAUCCUUCAGAUCGAGACCGAGUCUUCAAUUUGAUUCUCGCUUGGAGUGGACAGAAAUGGCAGUCUCUGCACAUGGAACGACAACACAGUCAUCGAGGGAACCUUGAUAGAGCGAUAAAGCGAGCUUUUCAUUGA